UUACAUGUAAAUGUUUGUAGAGAGUUGAAAUGGACGCGAUGGAGUAUAGCUCUGAUGAAGAUUCAGAUAUCAGUGAGUCUGAGAUUAGUGAAUACAAAGAUAAACCAUACGAGCAGCUACGGAGCGGGAAGCUGAAAGUAAAGGGUCCGAAUGGCACUCUCAGAUGCCCCUUCUGUGCUGGGAAGAAGAAGCAGGAUUACAAGUACAAGGAUCUGCUGCAACAUUCUUCCGGGGUGGCCAAAGGCUCUGCCAACAGAAGCGCUAUCCAGAAGGCCAACCACCUUGCUUUAGCUUUGUAUCUAGAGAAGGAGUUAGCCAGUGAAGCUGAUCAAACACAGCGUUUGACUCCGCCCAAACCUGUUGUCAAAGAUGAGAAGCCAGAAGAUCUUUAUGUGUGGCCCUGGACUGGUGUUGUUGCCAAUAUAGUGUUGGGCCAGCCAAAGGAUGGGGAUGAUUUGCUUGAUUCUGGUUAUUGGUUGAAGAAAUUUUCCAAGUACAAACCUCUAGAAGUACAUGCCUUCUUUAAUGAAGGGGAAAAAGUGGCAGGUGCUGUGGUAUACUUCAAUAAAGAUUGGAAUGGUUUCGGAAAUGCUACUGACUUUGAAAAGUGGUUCUUAUCUGAUUGUCACGGCAAAGAGCACUGGAAUGCACGGAAGCAGCAACCUGGUUCAAGUAUUUACGGCUGGUGUGCACGUUCUGAUGAUUAUGAAUCCCAAGGGCCAGUGGGGGAAUUUCUCCGCAAGAGAGGACAGCUUAAAACGGUAUCGGACAUUGUCCAGGAAGCAGCCCAAAGCAAGAAUAUUGUCGUGGCAAACCUGGCCAGCAAAAUCGAUAUGACAAAUGAAAAUCUGGAUGAACUAAGAUACAAAUACAAUGAGGAUGCGUUGUCUUUAAGCAGGAUGCUAGACGAAAAAGAUAGGCUACAUAACGCGUUUGUCGACGAAUCAAGAAGGAUGCAGAACAUGUCAAGAGCCAAUGUUCAGAGGAUAUUAGAUGAGCAAGAGAAACUGAAUUACGAGUUGGAGUCUAAAAAAAAGAAACUUGAUUCCUGGAGAAAAGAAUUAAACAAACGAGAAGCAGUAACUGAACGUGAGAGGCAAAAACUUGACGAGGAUAAGAAGAAGAAUGAUGAGAGAAACAAUUCACUUCAAUUGGCUUCUGCGGAGCAGAAAAAGGCGGAUGAGAGUGUAUUGAGGCUGGUUGAAGAGCAAAAGAGAGAGAAAAAAGAUGCCUUAGAUAAAAUACUUCAUCUAGAAAAGCAACUGAAUGCCAAACAGAAGGUGGAGAUGGAAAUAGAAGAAUUGAAAGGUAAACUAGAGGUGAUGAAGCACAUUGGGGAUCAAGAUGAUGAUGCCGUUCAAAAGAAGAUAAAAGAUAUGGAAGAAGAAUUGAAAGAGAAACAGGAAGAGCUUGAAGGUUUGGAAAAUAUGAAUCAAACUCUAAUCAUCAAAGAGCGCCAGAGCAAUGAUGAGUUGCAAGAUGCUCGUAAAGAAUUGAUAAAGGGUUUGUCUGAAAUGUUAGCUGGUCCAUCUCAUAUUGGGAUAAAGAGAAUGGGAGAUCUGGAUCAAAAACCCUUCCUCAAUGCAUGCAAGUCAAAGUUUUCUCUCGAGGAAGCGCAGGUUCAGGCCUUCACUAUGUGCUCCCAGUGGCAGGAAAAUCUGAAAGAUCCAGAAUGGCAUCCUUUCCAGGUGAUAGAGAGAGAAGGGAAAACUGUGGAAAUUAUCAACGAGGAAGAUGAGAAGCUACGUAAUCUGAAGGAGGAGUGGGGGCUUGAGAUACAUAAUUGUGUUGUUAAAGCGUUAAAAGAAGUUAAUGAGUAUAAUCCAAGUGGCAGGUAUGUUAUUGCUGAGCUCUGGAAUUUAAAAGAAGACAGAAAAGCGACAUUGAAGGAGGUUAUUGCCUUUAUCUUGAAGAAUAUUAGGACACUCAAGCGAAAGAGAUGAGCAGCACAACAGCACACAGCGGAGCAUGGAAAUUGGAGCAUAGAUUAUUGUAAUGCUUGCAACUGUUCAACUGGAAGGCAGGAUCGUGUUUCUUUGAAGCUCAAUUGAUUGUUUCAAUUUCCUUAACCGGAUCUUACGCUAAUGAAAAUAACUUGUAAUGUUGGAAGACCUGUACUUUUCUUAAUAUUGAACUUAAACAAUUUUCAUGGUGAUAAUUUAGUGACUGCCGUUUUACUGUC